CUUAUGGACAAGUCCGUGAUUUUAUGUGUUUAAAUCCGUCUAUAUCAGGACAUGGACACGCCACAGCUCAUUACUAUCUCAGCGGUGAGGAGGCUCCCGCUGUUCCUGUACCGCCACUAUCAACCAACCUACCUCCAUCCUUCCUUGCAUUCUGAUCAUUGACGAGAGAGGUAUAUGCAUCUGUUCGCAAAUGUACCGUUUCAAUAUAGAGGCAGCAUGACCAUCUCGCUACUCAUUCUCAAGACAAUCGCGUGUGUGAAUUAAAGGUGUUGUGUCUUUAAAUCAAGUCCAGAUCAAGAUCUUUGAAAUCAAGAUUUGGUUCAUUCACCAUGGCACCACAUCCAGUAGUUCAGGCAAUAAUAGACCUCUCUGCUGGCGCUAUAGGGGGCACUGCUUGUGUGUUCAGUGGUCAACCCUUGGAUACGGCAAAAGUGAAAAUGCAGACCUUCCCCACUUUGUACAGAGGCUUUGUGCACUGCUUUGUCUCGACAUACAAACAGGUGGGACUUCGGGGGCUGUAUCAAGGUACCACACCUGCCCUCAUGGCUAACAUCGCUGAGAACUCUGUGCUCUUCAUGUGCUACGGUUUUUGCCAGGAUGUGGUACGCGUCGUCUCUGGACAGGAGAAAGGGACUGUGCUUAGUGACAUGCAGAAAGCAUGUGCAGGCUCCGUGGCUUCUAUUUUCUCCUCUCUGGUGCUUUGUCCCACUGAACUGGUGAAGUGCCGACUGCAGGCUAUGCAUGAGAUGACCAUCUCGGGCAAGAUCGCCAAAAGUCAAAACACAGUUUGGUCAGUUAUGAAGUCCAUCAUGCACAAUGAUGGUCCUGCAGGGUUCUUCCUGGGUUUAACUACCACCAUUGCCCGUGAGGUGCCUGGAUAUUUCUGUUUCUUUGGAGCGUAUGAGCUGUGUCGAUCUCUCUUCGCUCAGUACAUGCACUGCGACAAGGAUGACUUAGGUGUAGCCCCCAUUGUGUUCAGUGGGGGUUUUGGGGGAGCUUGUCUCUGGCUUGUCGUGUACCCCAUGGAUUGUGUUAAAUCCAGAAUACAGGUCAUGUCAAUGACAGGCAGGCAGGCUGGCUUCUUCAAGACCUUUAUGCACAUCUUCAGAACAGAAGGUAUAAGGGCUUUAUAUUCUGGUCUCACUCCCACAAUGAUUCGAACGUUUCCAGCCAACGGUGCCCUCUUCUUAGGUUAUGAAGCCAGCCGUAAAUUCAUGCUGGCACAGUUUUGACAGCUGACACCUUGCACAAUAUUUUCUCUUGUUUGGUCCUUAAUAUUUUAAUUUUUACUAACUCAACAUGGUUAGCCCUUACUUACUCAAACAUGCAAUAAUAAUAAUAAAUAAUCAUAUGCAAUACCUAACACAGAUUGUUAUAAUGAUGCUUUUUUAUUUUUAGAUCAUUUCUGAGUGUACUUUUUUCUCUCUUUCUUUUUAUCCCCUUUUCUCCUCAAUUUUAAAUGCCCAAGUCCCACUACUUAGUUGGUCCUCAUGGUGGUGCGGUUACUCACCUCAAUCUGGGUGACGGAGGACAAGUCUCAGUUGCCUUCACUUCUGAGACCGUCACUCCACGCAUCUUAUUGCCUGGCUCGUUGUGCAUGACACCGCGUAGACUCCCAGCAUGUGGAGGCUCAUGCUACCCAUGCACAACUUGCCACAUGCCCCAUUGAGAGCAAGAACCACUAAUCGUGACAACAAGGAGGAUACCCUGUGUGACUCUACCCUCCCUAGCAACCGGGCCAAUUUGGUUGCUUAGGAGACCUGGCUGGGUCACUCAGCACACCCUGGAAUCCAACUCACAACUCCAGUGGUGAUAGUCAGCGUCAAUACUCGCUGAGCUACCCAGGCCCCCCUUUUCUGGGUGUUCUUAAAACAUCUUGGUCAGAGAGUCUAGUGACUUGAUAUUAUUUGAACUAUUCUCAGUAUUAACAGAACUUAAUGGGCUAAUUCACACAUUAUCUCCAUUGUCCUGGUUUUGUCAUUCUUUCAUCAUGACGAUUUGAAUUUAGAAUGGCAUAAUCUACUUGUGCUCAGUUUUUAGUCUACCUCAGUAUAAUGACCAGUUUCCCAAAUUUCAAAAGUACAGUGGUGUAAACAACUAUGCAGCUAAAUGCUAUGCUGCUCCCUAAAACACUAACAGACAAAAGGAACAAAAAACACAGUUCAGUGGUUUUGAAAAUACAGUUUUUAAUGUUUUACUCAUAUUGUGCUGUCAGUAUAUUAUCAGGAUAAGCAUUAUAUGUGUGUAUUUGAUCAUACAGUAUUUCAGAAAGGUGGGAAUGCCUUAUUUUUUUCAAAUGUAUUUCUUUAACUUUGUUUUAAAUAUGUUCAUAAAUGGAUGUGUGAGCAGGAUUGGGGAGUAACGGAAUACAUGUAGUGGGAAUACGUAUUUAAAUUACAAAAUAUAAGUAACUAUAUUCCACUACAGUUACAAUUAAAACCAUUGGUAAUUAGAAUAGUUACAUUCAAAAAAGUAUUUAGAUUACUGAAGAGAUUACUUUGCAUUUUAUUGUAAUUUGAUUAAUUUAAUAUUUAGUCCUUUCAGAUGGAAAACAUUUAUACAUAUAAGUGUUGUGAUCCAAAGUGCAUUUGAACAGCGGUGAAACUCUUUCUUAUGAUGCGUUACAUUCAUACGAGCAGACAGAGAAUUAAGUUUGAAGUAAUUUUGGAGCAGAAGAAAUAGAACUAAACCUUGUGUAAAUUGUCAGCUUUACGCUAAUCUAAAAUGCUAUUUCUAGCCAUUUUAAAAGAACAUGUUACCAGGCACGAUCAUAUUUUUUUAUCAAGAAAAUUCACGUUGGAUCAUAGUUGAUUUUAUUCUAGUAAAACUGUAACGGGGUUAUAAGGGAAAGGAGAAGGUGAGAACCGGUUUGACAAUAUAAAUAAAGUUUAAUGAUAAACUUAAACAUAAACACAUACAGGGCAGCUGCCAUAGUUCUCUCUCUGCCUCAAACUGUAGCCUCCGGUCACCUUUAUCCCUCAUCCCCUCGCUCACCUCAUCAGGCUGAUCGGGGUCCGGGCGUGCAUUAUUCCGGCCCCGCCCUCCUCCGCUCUACCAAGACCUUUGAUAUUUGGGCAAAAAUCUUAUUCUUGAUCAUUUGUGUUUUGUUUUCCUGUAAAAAAUCCUUAAAACAAGAUCAAACACUGCAUAAGAUAUUUAGGUUUUUCAGUGAAUGUAUUUUUAACGUGUAUUUUGUCUUUUAUUGGCAGUUAUUAUAGUCAAAACAAGUUACAAAAAUCUAAAACUAAUCCAAAGUAUUUAAAAUACGUUACUGACCUUGAGUAACCUAACAUAAUACUUUACUAAUUAAAUUU